AUGGUUAACCAUUUGGCUGCUAACCUGAAGGGUUGUGUAUGGGGCAUUGCCUACAAACUGCCAACAGGAAAGGAAGAUGAAGUAAAAGCGUACCUUGACUUCAGAGAGAAAGGAGGAUACAGGAAUGAAACUGUCAUUUUCUACCCAAAAGAUCCCACAGCAGAGCCGUUCAGUGUGCUGUUAUACAUUGGAACAUGUGAUAACCCCAAUUAUCUUGGGCCUGCCCCGCUGGAAGACAUUGCUGAACAAAUUUUUAAUGCAGUUGGCCCAAGUGGAAGAAAUACAGAGUAUCUUUUUGAACUUGCAAAUUCUAUUAGGAACCUUGUGCCAGAAGAUGCAGACGAGCACCUUUUCUCUUUAGAAAAAUUAGUAAAGGAACGUUUAGAAGGAAAGCAAGCCCAACUACAUAUAAACACCUAG